AUGUCUGACGAAGGCGCUUCUCCUCAGGAAGUCCUUAUCGCCGCCUGCCGGUCCAACAAUACCUCUCUACUACACGAAGUCCUUUCCAAUCUACCAGCAAGUAUAUCGCUCGCCGAUUUCCUCAACGAAACCCGAGAUCCUUUAGGCAACACUCCCCUUCACCUAACCGCCACGUACUCCUCCGUCGAAUGCCUCGACAUCCUCCUCGACCAAGAAGGCCUCGAGGUCGACCCUAUAACUCGAAUUGAAGCCGAAACACCACUACAUCUCGCUGCCAAGAACCUCUCGAAACCCGAUGAGCGACAAGACGCUAUAAGUUGCAUGGAGCUUUUGGUGGAUGCUGGCGCGGACCCAAGAAUCAAGAAUAAGCAUAAUGAAAAGGCUGCGGAUUAUGUACCGGACGAGUUGGAAGAGGUUAGAUGGCUGCUGCAGAAGGCGGAAGUGUCAUACACUAUG